AUGAAAGAAAAACUGUGGAGGAACGGUCAAAACCGAAAGCAAAUAUUUCUAAGAAAUACAUCAUUGGAGUUGUUAAAAUACGUCAUCGGUGAUAGACAUUUAUGGUGGAUAAAGCUAUACUUUAUAAUAAUUUUUGCUUCGCUUAUUUAUGUGGCCGUAAACUUAGCGGUUCGCGUUUUUGUUAAAUGGGAAGACACGCCAGUGAUUAUUGGAAUUAGUUCAACUAUGACUCCAAUUAGUAAGAUUCCAUUCCCUGCAAUAACGGUUUGUAAUAUGAAUCAGGCAAAGAAAUCGAAAGUAGAAGAUUUAAUACCUGGAUCGCUAGGAUAUUCCAUGCUACAGAAAACUUGCUAUAAAGAGAAUACUUAUGGCAAUUUUACAAAAUCGAAUCAUCGUUCUAAAAACGAAACGUUCCCCAACUUUAUACUAAAUGUUUCUGAGAGAUGCGAAGAUUUGAUAGUGUCAUGCAUGUUUCAUAAAAAAAAGUUACCAUGCACUGAUAUCUUCAGAGAAAUCUUUGUAGAUGAGGGCUUGUGCUGUGUAUUCAAUUUGUUGCAUCCAUAUUAUUUAUACAAAUUCAGGCCAACAUACAUUCGGGACUACACCUCAACGAAUAGGUUUGCAGACAUUGCAGUGGAUUGGAAUCCUAUAUCUGGCUAUCCACCGAAACUACCGUCCAGCUAUUACCCGCGGCCAGGAGUUGGCGUUGGCAUUGCUAUGGGUUUACAAAUAAUACUCAAUGGUCACGUGAAUGAUUAUUUUUGUUCCUCUACAAAUGGACAAGGAUUCAAAGUGCUAUUGUAUAACCCAAUCGAUCAACCACGUAUGAAGGAAUCUGGAUUACCAGCAAUGAUCGGGCAUCAGACAACAUUUCGUAUAAUCGCGCGGAGCUUUGAAGCCCUGCCCAGCAUUCGUAACAUCCAUCGAACGAAACGACAAUGUAUUUUUAGCGAUGAAGAAGAACUUUACUUUUAUCGUUAUUAUACGCGACGCAACUGCGAAUCUGAAUGCGAUGCGUUGUUCUUCCUUCGACUGUGUGAUUGUAUUCCAUACUAUCUGCCGUUGGUAUUUGCUAACGCUACAGUAUGUGAUGCGGCUCAGUUUGAUUGCUGGAAUAAUGCGGAAUUACAGAUCUUUGACAAGAAAAGAUCUGAAUGUAAAGAUUUGUGCCUAACCAGUUGUCAUGAUCUUACGUUCUUUCCUGAUGCUUUCACAACACCUUUUAGCCAACAGGACCUGAAGGCCCAGAGUGAUUAUUUAAAGAAUUUAUCAAAUGAAUAUAUCCGAAAAAACUUGGCAGUAGUAAAUUUCUACUUCACAGAAAAUUAUUUUAGAAGCAAUGUGAGGACUUCGUACACCGGACCAACUGAAUACAUGUCUUUAACUGGUGGUAUCAUGAGCCUUAUGAUUGGAUUUAGCGUUAUCUUUAUCGCCGAAAUUCUUUAUGUUGUUGUUCUAUUUUUCAUAUUAUUAUUUUUCAAACUUUAA